AUGCCAAUGUCGUCGAUCAGAUUUAAAGAAUCAUACGAAAUAGUCGUACCAGAUAACGAUGUACAAACAGUGACAAUUAUGUCAAGAGGUGUACAUGAAUAUAAAGAAGAGGAACGUAAUACAACCACACGCUUACUGUCACCAGUUCGUAAAUCGGUAUCGAAAUACAUUAAAUGUAGCUUAUCCCAUACUCAAAUUAAAUCAUCAUUAGUGCAAGAUCAUCCAAGUAUAUCGCUUGAAGCAGAGUUGCAUGCUUAUAAAUGGUCAGUAAGUAUAAACCGCUCUGAUAUUUUGCAUUGGUUUACUUUGUUUUAUAUUGUUCCAUCAUCAAAUGCAAGAAUAACGCCAUCAGUUUGGCUGGAUAUGUAUUGGUCUGGUCAAUGGACAUCGUUCGAUGGUUUUGUUGAAUGGCAGACAUCAUAUUGGUUGGUUUCACCGCUUACAUCGUGUUCAUGUCCCGUUGGUCUCAAACAAUAUACAUGCAAAUACUCCGUUGGAUUAGCCAUUCUGUUUAACAUGUAUCAAGUUAGUGACAAAACUCGUUGUGAACCAUUAGGUAAGCGAAAAGUUGUAACACAUGUUAAACCAGAAGAUAAUAUUGAUUUUAUACCGACAGAAGUUCAAAAGUUGAAUCAAUUAAAAUUAAAAUCUCAUUCCAGAGCAAGAUAUACCAUUUCAGUUGUGAAUACGAUGAUUGAAAGUUUUAUAUUCUUCUAUUUUGUUCUUUGUGUUUAUAUAAAUGUCUAUUUAUUACAAUAA